AACACUGAACCACAGUAGUAAAGGCUGUAAGUUCUUACAGCAAAAAAAAAACAACUGUACAGUACUGACUUACCUUGUGUCUGAAGGAGAGGUGGCCAGAGGGUGAGGAAGAUAGAGAGGGAAAUACACAGGAGGCUCCAUCUACAGUUGUCCGUGUGAGUAUAAUGGGGAAGAAAGCAGUGAAACAGACACUGGUGGGUGCACUGGUGGCAGCCGUGGGAUGUAUGAGUCUCAUUGCUCUCAUACUCACUCUGGUUGAACAUCACAGUGUGGAGCUGCCUCCAAGCUCUCAGUUUGGAAUGGUGUUUGAUGCUGGGUCCACUCACACUGCCCUCUUUGUGUAUCAGUGGCCUGGAAACAAACAGAACAACACAGGGGUAGUGUCUCAGGUUCUGGUCUGUGAUGUUGAUGGACCCGGGAUCUCCAGCUAUGCCUCUGACCCCCCUGGUGCUGGGAAAAGCUUGGUGAAAUGCUUGGAUUCUGCCAAGGCAGCCAUCCCAAUAGAGAAACAAAAGGACACACCCGUGUACCUAGGGGCCACAGCUGGUAUGCGGCUUCUGAAAGUACAAAAUCCAACACAGUCUGACCAGGUCCUGAUGGAGGUGACAAAGACAAUCAAAAACUACCCCUUCAACUUCCGUGGGGCAAGAAUACUCUCAGGCUCAGAAGAGGGGGCUUACGGCUGGAUUACCAUCAACUACUUGCUGGAGGGGUUCAUCAAGUACUCCUUCGAAGGUAAGUGGCUGCAGCCCAAGGGAGGGAAGAUACUUGGGGCGCUGGACAUGGGAGGAUCCUCCACCCAGAUUGCCUUCACCCCAAAAGACCCAAUGAAGGAUCCGGCCUCAGCAGCUCAGCUCCGCCUAUAUGGGUUUGACUACAGUGUCUACACUCACAGCUACCUGUGCUAUGGAAAGGAUCAGGCCAUGGGGCAGCUGCUAGCCAAACUGUACAAGACCAACUCAACCCAGCCAAUUGAACACCCCUGCUACCACCAAGGCUACAACUUGACACUGACCCUGGGUGACAUCUACAGCUCUCCUUGUGUAGAGACGUUGGGGACAUUUGAUCCUACCAGCAAGGUCACCUUUUCUGGAAGCAGUGACCCCAUGAAAUGUCUCACCCUGGUGAAGAGUAUUUUCAACUUCAGUGGCUGCUCUUUCCCACCUGACUGUGCCUUUAACGGUGUCUACCAACCUCCUGUCAAUGGACACUUCUUUGCUUUCUCAGCGUACUUCUACACCUUCAAUUUCCUUGGCCUGGCCCCUCAGGCCCCGCUGCCACAGGUGCUCAGCACCAUAGAUUCGUUUUGCAAGAAGGACUGGGCAACGGUGAAAGCAGAGCAUCCAAAAGAGAAGGAGAAGUACCUUCAGGACUACUGUGGCUCAGCCAACUACUUUAUGACUAUACUAUUGGACGGCUACAAGUUUAACCAGAGCUGGAGCAACAUUUACUUCCAGAGGACGGCAGCAGACACGGAUAUCGGCUGGACACUGGGCUACAUGCUGAAUCUGACUAACCUGCUCCCAUCUGAGCACCCUGUGACUGUGACCGGAGUACAGCACGGGCAGUGGGCGGCUGGGGUCUUCUUCAUUGUCUUUGCCCUCUUCCUCUGUCUGGUGGUUGUAUCUGUUCUAUGUGCAUGGAAUCCAGACUACUAAGAGCAGCAAAUAGGAUGCUGGUCAUCCAUCUACAUAGAUUUAUCAGUCUAUGAGAGACAGAUUGCUGGAAUUGAAGAAGAUGUAAUAAAAAUGGGUAUUCUAGAUUCCUGAGAACUGAAACAAAAAAGACUAUGACAGGGAACAAUCAGGUAACACUAUAUGCUGAUUGACAUUCAAACUAUUUGAUUGAGCAGUACAUCGAAUGCAAUUCUGCCAUGUUUUGCAAGGUGUCUGCAGUAAUUCCAUAUGAAAGAAAUUGUUUAUUGGAGGCAUUUCUUUGCUAACACAAGCAGAAAACUUUAUUUAUUUUUCUGCUUAUUUUGUUAAUAUCCGCCCGAUAUAUGCUGACUGCGUCAA